CUCGUUUAUGGUAAACUUACUGAAUGCACAGCAUUAAAUUCGAUGACCAAAACAAUGCAAAUCAUUUCUCCAUCUCGAAAGGUUGUUCACAACCUUCAAGUAUAAACACACAAAUCCACCACAACAACAAUACAAUAGAUAUUCAGUUCAUCACACAACACCCACAAAAUUAAUAACCUUUUGAGCAUGGGAGACCUUCACCAAGCUCCCCAAGAACCAAUAAUCCAAGACCUCAAAGUGACAAUCCAAGACUCAUCCCUAAUAAUCCCACCGCACCAAACACAUGAUAACCAAAAGUCCAUCUUCUUGUCAAACAUUGACCAAGUCCUCAAUUUCCAUGUCCAGACGCUACACUUUUUCCAAGCCAACCCCAAUUUCCCACCAGAAUCCGUGGUUGCGAGCCUAAAGAAUGGGCUGGAGAAACUGAUGGCUGGGCCUUACGAUUUUUUGGCCGGACGGCUAAAGCCCAAUCACCAAACGGGCCGGCUUGAGAUCGAGUGCAACGGGCUGGGGGCCGGGUUUGUGGUGGCCACCAGCGAGUAUUCUCUAGAUGAGAUUGGGGAUUUAGUUUAUCCUAAUCCGGGGUUCAUGCAGCUUAUUGUCCCGGGAUUGGAGAAGUUCAAUGAUCAGCCACUUGCUGUUUUCCAGGUCACAUCAUUCAAGUGUGGCAGUUUCGCAUUGGGAGUCUCCACCAACCAUAUCUUAUUCGACGGCACGAGCGUCAAAACCUUUUUCCAAAACCUCGCUUCCCAAUCACUCCCCGAUAGCGACCAACCCUUAGCCGCCAUCCCAUGCAACCAUCGCCGCCUCCUCGCCGCCAGGUCACCUCCACGUGUCACAUUCCCCCACCCGGAGCUUAAAAAACUCGACCUCAACGAACAAAACAAUACUCCUCCGGUGUUCAACUGCAGCCAAGACAACCUCGACUUCCGCGUCUUCCGCCUGUCUCCCGAUGACAUCAGUCGCCUCAAAACCAAAGCCGGGCCCACAAAAGCCACCGGCUUCAACGCAGUCGCCGCACUCGUCUGGCGGUGCAAGGCCCUCUCCUCGUCAUCGUCCACGCCAUCAUCACACGACCGAGAAUCGAUUAUUCUCUUCGCAGUGGACAUCCGGCAGAGGCUCGUCCCGCCUCUGCCGGCUUCCUACUGCGGAAACGCUGUGCUGAGUGCGCACGCGUCUGCCAGAUGCUCGAAGCUGGCAGACGAGCCAUUUGGUGAGACGGUGAGACGGGUGGCGGAGGGGGCCGCCAGGAUGACUGAUGAGUACGCGAGGUCGGUCAUCGACUGGGGAGAGUUAAACAAAGGGUUUCCACACGGGGAGUUUAUGAUCUCGUCGUGGUGGAGGCUAGGGUUUGAUGAGGUGGCGUACCCUUGGGGGAAGGCUAAGUAUAGUUGUCCGGUUGUGUAUCUGAGGAAGGAUAUUGUUCUCUUGUUUCCAGAGAUGCGUGGGGAUGGUGGGAGUUGCGGGGGUGGUGGAGUUAACGUGCUUGCUGCUUUGCCGCCAUAUGAGAUGGAGAAGUUUAGUGUCUUAUUUCAUGAAUAUGUUUCGGGAUGAAUAUAUAUAUUUAUGUGGAGCUUGGAUUCUACGUACGGUUUGUUUGUGAUUUCUAUGUUUGUAUUGUGUGUUUACAAUAAUAAUUGAACUUGACAAUCGUUUGUAUUUGAACUUGUGAGUGUACUAUAUAUGUGUGCAAGAGAUGUGUUAAUUAUAUAUGUAAGGACUAUAUGUCACUACAAAAUAUUUGGUCGCAUUUUAUUUUAUUGUUUAAUGACGCAUAUUAGUUGCGUCGCAACAAAAGAGAAAAAGAAAAUACUUGCGUUUUUAAAA